AUGAAUUUAUUGCAUUAGAAGAGAUCGAAUUCUAAUCAAAGUUUAAUUAAAGCACAGUAAAGAAUUUCAAGAAUUCAGAAGUAGAGAGAAGCAUGUCAAUAUCUAGUUAAAUAGAAAUCUUACUCAAUUUUAUAAUUUUAGAUGGAGAAUGAUGGAAAAAUAAGUAUAAAGACAAAUAGAAGAUUAAUAAGAUCAUAUUCUGCUAUAAGGUAAAAUGAAAAAAAAGAUGUUAAUAAUAACUUAUUUUCUAAGAAUAACUCAUAAUUACUUUAUUCCCCUCCAAAGAUUCCUUCUCCAAAACAUUCUUUGAUGUUACAAAAGAAAACUGUGCUUACCAAAUUUCCUCAGAAUGUCAGAAAAUCUUAGCAAUAUUUAUUAAAUGACAUUUUAUCAAAUAAACCAAUCAAUCAAUUUGUCACCAAAAGAACUCAUGUAGAAAAAUAAAAUCCUUAAGUUAUUUCUUAGAAAGUGUCUCCAUCACCUUCUACUUAUCCUUUGUAUUAGAAUAUUUAUAUUCAAUAAGAUUAUUUUCUGAAAUUUAAAAGGAUCCAAUGAAAUACCUUCAUUAAGCCUAACAAUUUUCCAUUUUAUAUAACUAAAGCUAUUUACGUAAGUUACUCAAACAUGAUCAAAGAUAAUGA